UAUCAAGCCGCUCAGAAUUCAUACAAAGCUUGAUGUCGUGCUGGAUGUUAUAGUUUCCUCCCCAAGCAGGCGAUCUACUCAGCAGGUGUGCUUUCAAAAUCUCUAAAAUAUCCUUUGGAAGAUGGAAGUGUAACAUGCACAUUCUUUUUUUUUUUUUUUUAAUUUUUUUAUUAAGCUUUCUGCUGGUCAUUCCAUUACCUGGCUAACUCUUCCUAUACACAUCACAGUCAGUCAUCAUGCCCUCCACAAAAAAGAAGAGUCCUUCUGCAUCUGCCUCAAGGAAUGCCAUUGGGAAAUCAAAAGCCAGUCCAUAUAAUAAGAAUGUAAGGACAACAACAACAACUACAGCAACAACAACAACAACAACUUCUGGCAACAAUCAAAAGAAAUUGCCCAUCUCCUUGAAUAAGCCAAGUAACCAAGCAAGGAAUAAACACCACAACACCAACCUAACAUCGGAGCUAGAUGCACUGCUUGAUGACCUCAAUACUCAACUGCAGCGGAAAAAAACAAAACGUGAUACUAGACUUGAGGAUAUCAAUUCUUCUGGAAUCUCAGAAUCUGAAAAAAGGCUCAAUGAGGCCCAGGAAAAGCAUGAGUCUUUACAACAAGAUAUGAUGAGUGCUCUUGAUGGCAUUUCGGCCCUUGGAAAGUAAAAAAAAAAAAAAAAUAAAAAAAUAAAAAAAAAAUUAGUCAUUGUACAAUAAAAUAGAUCAUUCUUUCAUGUUCAUAUAGUUUCUCAGUACAAGGAUGACCAUUUACUCCACAUAAU